AUGAAGCAAAGCGACAACCGGUCUCUACGCCUCGUGCCGAGUAGCGUGCGAGCACUGCGGCCACCGCGCCGCGCCGCCAGCUCCGUCUCGUAUCCAGAUUGGAUUUUAGGUCGUCGCCGCUUACAUAACAAUUGGAUAAUGACAUACGCUGAAACGUCUGUGUCUGAUUUAGCCGUUGCAUCGCGCUCGAUGCAGCGAUCUACUAGCUGC